UACAUAGUGUUCUAAUAAAAACUUGGUUCUUAUUGAGAUUUGGCUAACGAGGGAACCGCCCGAGGUGCCCAACGCCGAUUUCCAUUAUUCAUACGUCGUUUGAUAGAGAGCAUCGAGAUAGUAAAAAGCCUAAAAGAAUUUGGGCUGACAGCUCUUUGAGUGCGUACUGUGACAACAGUUGUUGGAAAAGUUCCUGUUGAUUCUGAAUGUGUAUGAAUGUUGGGAAAUGUUCAUGUUUAUUGUGAAAAUAAUCAUGUAUUUGAUUGUAUGCUGAAUCAAGUAGGAAACUUGAGUCAUAAUUUCAUAUUAAACUGUUUUGUUGUGUUUUUUUUAGACAAAUGUUGAAAAUAAUAAUAAUAAAUUUUAUUUAAUGCAAUUACUUAAAGGCAAUGAUUGUAAAAAAUAUUAUGUUUGGUUACGUUGGGGACGAGUUGGAUAUAAUGAACAAAAUAAUUUAGAACAUUUUGGUUGUGAUUUAGAUGAAGCAAAAAGAUUUUUUUGUCAAAAAUUUAGUGAUAAAACAAAGAAUGAUUUUUAUUAUCGUCAUACGUUUACAAAAUAUCCUGGAAAAUAUGAUUAUGUUCAACUUGAUUAUAAUCCAUCGACAUUCGAAAAAGUUGAUGAAAACAAUAAAAAACAACUCGUAGCUAUUGAACAAUUAAAAAGUCUACCUGCACCAGAAUCAAAACUUGAUAAACGUACACAAAAUCUUAUUCAAUUAAUAUGUAACAUACAAGCUAUGGAAGAAGCAUUACUUGAAAUGAAAUUUGAUGCAAGAAAAAAUCCUCUCGGUAAAUUAAGUUCAACACAAAUUAAAGCAGGUUAUGCAGCAUUAAGAGAAAUUGAAACAUAUAUAAAAACAAAUAAAUUUAAUUCUGCAUUUAUUGAAGCAAAUAAUACUUAUUAUACUCUAAUUCCACAUGAAUUUGGUCGAAAUACUCCACCAUUAAUAAAAACUAUUCAACAAUUAAAACAUGAAAUUGAAUUACUUGAAGCACUUGAUGAUAUUGAAAUAGCAUUUACAACAUUAAAUACAGAUCCAAAUACACGUUUGAAUCCAAUUGAUCAACAUUAUGAACAAUUAAAAUGUAAAUUAUAUUCUAUUGAAAAAAAUGAAGAUAUUUAUAUAUUAAUUGAUAAAUAUCUUCAAUCAACACAUGCAUCAACACAUCAACAAUAUAAAAUGGAAAUAGAAUAUGUGUUUAAAGUUGAAAGAGAAAAUGAAAAUACAUUAUUUAAAGAUGUUGGAAAUAAAAUGCUUCUUUGGCAUGGUUCACGUUUGGCUAAUUUUGCGGGUAUUAUGAGGCAAGGUUUACGUAUUGCACCACCUGAAGCACCUGGAACUGGUUAUAUGUUUGGAAAAGGUUUAUAUUUUACUGAUAUAAGUAGUAAAAGUGCUAAUUAUUGUUAUCCAACACCAAGUAAAAAUACUGGUCUUGUUCUCCUUACUGAAGUUGCACUUGGUAAAUGUCAUGAAUUACUUCAUGCUGAUAAUAAUGCUCAUCGAUUACCAGAAGGUUUAUCAAGUGUUAAAGGUCUUGGUUCAAUAGCACCGAAUUUAAAAAAUGCAGUUACAUUAGAUGAUGGUGUUGUUGUUCCUAUGGGUCCUGCUGAAUCAACUAAUGUAGUUAAUCCAAAAGGUUAUACACUUAAUUAUAAUGAAUAUAUUGUUUAUGAUACAAAACAAGUUCGAAUACGAUAUUUAAUUAUAUUAAAUUUUUUGUUUAAAUAG